UUGGGGCAAAUGCCUCUGACGUCGCAACACCUUAAAAACAAAUGAAACAAACAACAAGGCUCUCGCAAAUAAAUUAACAUUAAAUUCGCAUUGGGCCGUAAAUAAUUUGGAUCGUCGUGUUGCACUGAAAAUCGCUUGUAAAUUGUUGUGUCAUUAAUUGCGCAAAGACAAAACAAACAAAAGAGUCGACACAGUGCGCUGAUUGUUGACUCAAAUUAAAAGUGCGACAAAUUUUCAUUUUCAUUUUCGGUUUUUGUGUUUUUGUUUUUGUUGAUUUCGGUUUACGUUUCGGUUUUAUUUUGGUCGCCUGACAAUCUCUAAAUCGCCUUUAAAACAACGUAUCCCCAACAACGGAAUCUAAUUAAAAAAAAAAAUUGCAAACAUCAGUCAACGGCCUGUUGGAGCUUCAAUUCCAAUCGCCAGAUCCGACAUAUUAUUCGAGUAUAUAUCCAUUACGUUCCGAGAGAUCCGAUCUGGCGAGAGAGCCCAGAACAGGAAACAAUUGGAUUCAACUGAGAGAUCGGAAUUCGAUAAAAACUGUGAGACACUCGGGAGAAUGGCGCCAAAAUGACGUCGUCUUAAGGUUUUGCUAGACAAUUUGCAGAAUAUAACAACAUACCUGGUGGGAAUUUCCACUGUUUGCCAAGCAAAGCAGUCUAUUUACGUUUUUGUUCGCCGAAAUGUUUUCAUUUGAAGUUCAAGACAGUCGAAGCAAACACAACAAGAAAUCUUAAUUAAAAAGGAAUUUAAAAAAAUAUAUUAUAUACUCUUUUAUGAGGCAUUUCAAAAACAUCCACAAAACAUGGACCUGAAAAUGGAGCUUGGGGGCUACAUGCAAUCCGGACCCAACACGAAGCGAUUCGUUGUCGAGGACUCAAUUACCAAGGUGACUUCCGACGGAGAACCCCACGGCAUGAUGACCAUGGUGGCCGGAUUAUCCGGACUUCUGGCGGCCAUCAUCAUCUUGGCCGUGCUCGUUUCGAUGGUGGCUUGCCGCAAGCAGAGAAGCAACUCCAACCGGAAGAGCAACGCCGCCACCAAUGUGGCGAUGACCAGUGUUUCGCAGGAUCAGCCGCAGUUGGCUGGCAACUUGAACGCCGCGUUCGCCGAGAGCACUCUGACCUUGGACAAGGUCAAGGACACCACCGUCGUGGUGGAGCGGUACUAGCUUCGAGGAAAUAUAUAUAUAUAUAUAUAUAUAUUAACCAACCAUCGGAAGUGCACGUGAUGUUUUUUGUGAACGUUUGAGACUGAGACUUAGCCUAAGGAUUUCCAUCACCACACCCUAUCAUAAUGAACUUUUUUUUGCUUGUUUAAAUAUUAUAAAAUACUAUAACUAAUAUACACACACAUGUAUUAUAAAGGAAUCAA